GUAAAUCUUACUGUUUUGUGGUAAUUCUUACUGCUGGAUAUCUUCAUUUAAUAACACAGUAUAAAAACGAGAGACCUGCCUGACUGUUCGAGUGAAAGGUCGAAGAUACAACCGCUGUUUUAAAACCUACUUGAAGCACUUCGGUUAAGAACAUAGUAUUUACAUUUGGUAACCCACAAAGAAAUAGACUUUAAAAAAACGUGGAAAAGUAUGUUUGCAGUGAGACUUGGUAUAGUUGAAGAAGUGGACUAUUAGAAUUAGAAACACCGCAAUUCCAACUUUUGACUGUUUUGAGGUAGAGCAAUACUUGGAGUUCCAGUUAUUGAGUCUUCUGAGAACUAGUUGCUGCCAUGGAGGUUAUAAGUCCCCAGGUGUAUAACAACUGCUACAUCCAGGAAGAACUCAUGGACAUAAGCAGUGGACCUUGCAGUAGCUCGAUCAAUGGCAUCACGUCCAGCACAGGCAAACCCCCAGCUAAGUAUUCCGACCCUUCCACAAUCGAACCGCCGGCGAGUCUUCACGAGCUCAUCGCGAGACUACACGAAGUGUUUGAGUCUGACGACAUCAGCGUGGAGUAUGUGCAAAAAUUGAUGACGUCAUACAAGAGCAACAGGAAGGAGUGGAAAAAAUAUGCGAAGUUCGACCAGUUCAGGUACACAAGAAACUUGAUCGAUGCAGGCAAUGGCAAGUUUAAUUUAAUGAUACUUUGUUGGAACGAAGGCCAGGGCAGCAGUAUACAUUCCCACGCUAACUCACACUGCUUUCUUAAAGUCAUAGAUGGUAAAGUGAAAGAAGAGCUCUUUGAAUGGCCAGAUUCUGAAGGCACCAUGAAAAAAUGUGCUGAAAAUGAAUAUGACAAAGACCAAUGUGCAUAUAUCAAUGAUAGCCUUGGCCUUCACCGAGUUGAAAAUGUCAGCCACAUCAACAAAGCUGUGACCCUCCACCUAUACAGUCCACCAUUUGAUGUUUGUCAGUGUUUCGAUGAAAGAACUGGCAAAGCUGUAACAUCCAAAGUAACAUUCUGGUCCAAAUAUGGCAGAAGGACUCCAUUUGGACGUAAUCCAGAUGAGGCUGGCUGUUGUGUCAUUGAAAAUAACUAGACCAUCACAGUGUGACCAAAGAAUAAACAGCUGAAUAAGAGAAAAGUUGUUUUUGUUUUUGUUUUGUAUUACAAUAUAGCUCAAUGAGGACUUUAACAAAAGGGCAUUGCUUAGGUUAAUGCCAAAAUUAUUUCACCAAUAUAUAGCUGUAACUGGGUGUUCUUGGGAUUAAGUUUAUAUUUUUUGUUAUACAAGUUUUUAGCUUGUAUUCACUAGGCAUCUAUGUCUACAUGAUUUUUGUUUUAUCUUACAUUGUGCCUUCCAUACAUAUUUUAACAAUAAAAAAAAUAUAAAGCUUUGCUUAUCGAAUAUCCAAUUUUAUAAUUAGAACAAAAAUUUUUAAUUUGUUGAAAAAAAAAAACAAACAACUGAAGUGCCUGAAAGAAA